AUCCAGCACAUACUUCAUCACAUUCUUCGCCACAUAAUUCCACAUACAGCCACCAUUCUGAAACCAUGUAUAUUUGUCCUCAUUUCGCACCCUCGUGAAUCCCAUGAGUUUAGCUUUUAGAAACGGAUGAUUUGAAACCGGAACCCCUGCAUUAUAGUCCCCUCAUUGUACCCACCCGGCAGAAUAAGCUCAGAGCAACAAUGGCAGAAGCAACAAAGAGGUAUGCAAUUGUGACAGGGGCAAACAAAGGGGUUGGAUUUGGCACAGUUAAGCAGUUGGCUUCAAAUGGGAUCAUGGUGGUGUUAACUGCUAGAGAUGAAAAAAGGGGUCUUGAAGCUGUUGAAAAAUUGAAAGAGCUUGGCGUCUCCGACCAGGUGGUUUUUCAUCAGCUUGAUGUAACAGAUUCUGCUAGCAUCGUUUCCCUUGCAGAUUUUGUCAAAACCCAAUUCGGGAAACUCGAUAUCUUGGUAAACAAUGCAGGAAUUACUGGAAGCAUAGUAAACCCUGAAAGUUUUAGAUCAGCUGUAAUUGGUAAGAAGCCUGGUGAAAUCAAUUGGAGUGAAAUAUUGAUAACACCAAGCUAUGAGUUAGCAGAAGAAUGCCUUAAAACAAACUACUAUGGUCCCAAAAGCGUGACUGAAGCGCUUUUGCCCCUCCUCCAGCUAUCUGAUUCGCCUAGAAUCGUUAAUGUUUCGUCUGGUGCUGCUAAGCUAAUGAAUUUUCCAAACGGAUGGGCUAAAGAGGUACUCAGUGAUGCUAAGAGCCUCACAGAAGUGAGAAUAGAUGCUGUUUUGAGCGAGUUUUUGGAAGACCAUAAACAAGGUUUGCUAGGAACCAAAAGCUGGCCUCCUCUCUCUCCAGCCUAUUCAGUCUCGAAAGCAGCCUUGAACGCGUACACUAGAAUUCUGGCCACCAAGUAUCCAAACAUCUACAUCAACUGUGUCUGCCCCGGAUUUGUCAAGACAGAUUUGACCUUCAAUGCCGGCUUCUUAACCAUUGACGAAGGUGCUGAAAGUGUUGCCCGGUUAGCCCUACUCCCCAGCGGUGGUCCUACCGGCCUCUACUUCAUCAGGAAAGAAAUGACACCGUAUCUUGAAAAACCAUCGACAAUGGCAGAGGCGACGAAGAGGUAUGCAGUUGUGACAGGGGCAAACAAAGGAAUUGGAUUUGCAACUGUUAGGCAGUUGGCUUCAAAUGGGACCUUAGUAGUUUUAACUGCCAGAGAUGAGAAGAGAGGUCUUGAAGCUGUUGAAAAAUUGAAACAGUUUGGCGUCUCUGAUCGCGUGGUUUUUCACCAGCUCGACAUAACGGAUUCUGCUAGCAUUGCUUCCCUUGCAGAUUUUGUCAAAACUCAAUUUGGAAAACUUGAUAUUUUGGUAAACAAUGCAGGAGUUAUCGGAAGCAUACUAAACGGCGAAGCUUUUAGAGCUAUUCCGGGUAAGAAGCUUGAAGAUAUUGAUUGGAGUGAAAUAGCAACACCAAACUACGAGUUAGGAGAAAAGUGUCUAGAAACAAACUAUCAUGGUACGAAAAGAGUGAUUGAAGCACUUCUGCCCCUCCUCCAGCUAUCCGAUUCUCCAAGGCUUGUUAUUGUUUCUUCUUAUGUUGGUCAAUUAAUGUUUUUUUCAGAUGGACGGGCUAAUGGGGUACUGAGUGAUUCUGAGAGCCUCACAGAAGAGAGAAUAGAUGGAGUAUUGAGUGAGUUUUUAGAAGAUUUUAAACAAGGUCUGGUAGAAGCCAAAAGCUGGCCUCCAAUCCUUCCAGCCUACUCAGUCUCGAAAGCAGCCUUGAACGCUUACACCAGAAUUCUAGCCAAAAGGUGGCCCAAUUUCUGCAUCAAUUGUGUCUGUCCUGGAUUUGUCAAAACAGAUAUAACCUGCAAUUCGGGCAUCUUAACCAUCGACGAAGGUGCGGAAAGCGUUGUCAGGUUGGCGCUGCUCCCCAAUGGCGGACCUACUGGCCAAUACUUCAUCCGGAAAGAAGCGACACCUUAUUAAGGACAAGGGUUUGCAAUGUUGAAUAUGAAUUCGAGGGACUUUGUGUUGCAAGCGAAUUUGAGCGAUGACUCUUCUACAAAAGAAUAAGUUCUUUCUUAUAGAUAUAUUACUUGUCCACUGUAUGUUAAUGUAAAUGCUGCAAGUUUGAGAUUCAGGUGAUCAACUUUCUUGCAUCCCACGUAAUUAAGGGUCUAUUUGGUACU